UUGUACCAAAAGGGGGACUUAAGAGGGAGAGAAUCUAGCGAGGGAGAUCACAAGCAGAAAAGAAAAGCACAGACCACUCCCGCAACAAAUAGUUGCUUCUCAUGCGGAACAACCCCGCACACGAUCACCACCACCACCCUCUCUCUCUCUCUCUCUCUCUCUCUCAGUGACCAAUGGUCCUGAUCAACACGAACUGCAAAUUCUAAGAGACCCUCCUUGGAGUUUCAACCUCCUUUGGUUUUGCGAUUUAACUCAUCAGUAAGACAUCUAUAUGGAGCUAACAUCAGAUGUUGAAUCAGAUGUUGAAGACACCCAACAGCAACAGCAGCUACAUGAAGGAGUAGGAGGAGGAGGAGGAGGAGGAGGAGGAGGAGAUAAGAAGCAAGAAGGAGAAGUAGGGCAGCAUUUCCACGUGCUAGCAGUGGACGACAGCCACGUGGACAGGAAGCUCUUGGAGAGGCUCCUCAAGGACUCAUCCUACGAAGUGACAUGUGUGGAUUCUGGGGACAAGGCGUUGAAGUAUCUGGGCUUGCUUGAUGAUCCCAGCAAUUUACAUGCCCAGGAUGGGUUUGAUAAUUCCAGUGCUGUUGCUUCUGGUUCUUCUUCUCUGUUGCAGCCAUCACUACAAGAGGGGACAAAAGUCAACUUGAUCAUGACGGACUACUGUAUGCCCGGGAUGAGCGGCUAUGAUUUGCUUAGACGAGUCAAGGGAUCUUACUGGAAAGAUGUGCCGGUUGUGGUCAUGUCAUCAGAGAAUGUGCCUUCAAGAAUCCACAUGUGCUUGGAAGGAGGAGCAGAUGAGUUCCUGUUGAAACCAGUCCAGCUAGCAGAUCUAGAGAAGCUUCAGCCGUACAUUUUGAAGUCUCUUACUAACCCUUGUGAAGACAUCAAAGGUGACAGCAUAGACCAUAGUGAAGAUGAGAAGAUCAAGAAGAGUGACCACAAAGAUGACAACACCAACAAGUGCAACGCUAAUACCAAUAAUGUUGCCAAGAGGAAGGCAAUGUCCGCUGAGCCAACCGAUACAAGACCCAAAAUCAAAGGAUUGGCAGUGGUAUAAUAAUAACCAAGAGCUAAUCGGUGGAUCGAAAAUGCGCCGUGUGUCCUCGUAGGGAUGUUUGCCAGUGCGAAACUCCUCUAGACUAAUCGCAUCCCAUAUCUUUACUUGUUCAUUACAUAUGUUCCUUUUUAUUAUUAUGUUCAUGAGAGGAAAGGAAAGGAAAGAUAUGUUCAGUGAUAAAAGUCUCUGCAAUGGAAAGCCUAAUGUUUCUGAUCAGAAA